CCCGUGCGUUCCUCCUUCCCGCCGCUCGCGGGACCUCGCUUCGCUUCUCCCCCCUUGCGCUCACCGCUCUGUUAAAUGUGUUAAAUGCCACGUUUGCGAGGCGCGCUGCGAGUUUAUUUCCUGGAAAAGCAGUUUUCCCUUCACUCUUUUGGAGGAAAGAAGGAGUCAACAACAACAAAAAAGAAAAAUAGGGAGAAACUUUCAUAGCGGGGUCACUGCCUGAUGUCCCCAGCGCGGGAGAGGAGGGUGCGCUUCUCGGUGACACCCGCGGGUCGGGAAGGAGUUAACUGCUGCCCGAGAGCCGCGGGGAGAAUGCGGGCGGGGAGGUGCCAGUGAAAGUGGCUGCGAGGAGUGAGUGAAUGGGGCUGGGAAAGUUUUAGAAAUGCUUCCUUAGGUAUUUGACAGCGUGUUCCGCUCGCUCAUAAAUUUGGGUUGAAAGCGAGUUGCUACUCAAACACUGCAGCCUUCGGGUUUUUAGGUUUUGUUGUUUUUUUGCCUUUUUUUUUUUUUAACUUAGAUUUUCCACAAAUUAGCAGAUCAAGAGAGAUUGAGAAAAUGUCUCUGAGUCUCUGAAUACACAUGUGUGUUAAGUAAGCCUUCUUUUGAGGCGUGGCCAAAGCCUUCUAAAUCCUUAAUUAAGGGCAGCUUGAGUCUGGGAGCUUUAUUACGCUGCGCUGCUGACAGCCGAGGUUAAACUUUGCUGCUAUCUCUGCGCUCGCAGUUACGCAAGAGCCGUGCAACUUUUGAAAUCAGGGAGCCAGAGUUCCGAGGGCAGCCCUUGAAAUGCCGCUUCCUUAAGGGAAGGGCUCUUGGGUAGGGAAUGGGGAGUCUUGCAGAGUCGGAUGGUUUUGAAGUAGGUUUGUCAAUGGGUUCCUUGCUCCGUGGCUUGGAGUAACCCCUUGUCAGGCUGCCCUGAGAGUUUUUGCACAGAUCAGCUCAUGAUGCUAUUUUUUUCCCGUGCAGAAGAAGAACAAGAAGAAGAUGAGGAAAUCGAUGUCGUUACAUUAGCUGAAGCAAACGAGUCUGAAUCCAGCACAGAGUCCUGCACAGAAGCAUCAGAGGAGCACUGUAAGCCCCACCACAGUCCGCUGGUCCUCAAGCGGUGUCACGUCAACAUCCACCAGCACAACUACGCUGCUCCUCCCUCCACCAAGGUGGAAUACCCAGCCGCCAAGAGGCUAAAGUUGGACAGUGGCAGGGUCCUCAAACAGAUCAGCAACAACCGAAAAUGCUCCAGUCCCCGCACGUCAGACUCAGAGGAGAACGACAAGAGGCGAACGCACAACGUCUUGGAGCGUCAGCGAAGGAAUGAGCUGAAGCUGAGUUUCUUUGCCUUACGUGACCAGAUACCUGAGGUGGCCAACAACGAGAAGGCGCCCAAGGUUGUCAUCCUGAAAAAAGCCACGGAGUACGUUCUGUCCAUCCAAUCGGACGAGCACAGACUGAUCGCAGAGAAAGAGCAGUUGAGGCGGAGGAGAGAACAGUUGAAACACAAACUUGAGCAGCUAAGGAACUCUCGUGCAUAGGAACUCUUGGACAUCACUUAGAAUACCCCAAACUAGACUGAGACUAUGAUAAAAUAUUAGUGUUUCUAAUAUCACUCAUGAACUACACCAGUCCAUCGAGAAUGGAACUAUUGCAACUGCAUGCUGUGCGACUUAACUUGAGACUACACAACCUUGGCUGAAUCUCCAAACGGUUUGGCCAGAACCUCAAAACUGCCUCAUAAUUGAUACUUUGGGCAUAAGGGAUGAUGGGACAUUCUUCAUGCUUGGGGACGAACUCUUCAACUUUUUUUCUUUUAAAAUUUUGUAUUUAAGGCAUUUUUUCUUAAGAGAAUUCCAAAAAGAGUUGUCCCCAGAUUGCUGUAAAUAUUUACACAUCUUCUUGCCAUGUAAAUACCUUUAAUAAAGUCUUUAUAGAAAAAUGUGCAACAUUAAUACACAACAGUUGUGGCAACUGGAUUUAUACUUGUCUUGAACUUGUGUGCCAUAACAUUUCACAAUUUUGUUUUUUAUUUAAAUACAUUUUUUUCUUUUAAAAAUGAUUUUUAUUUUGUUUUUAGAUAAAUAAAUAUUUGCCCAAAAUAUAAUUAGUUAAA